UUUUUGCUGCGGUCAGACCCAUUCUGGUCACACACAAGAGGCGGGUCCUCCGGCUCAAAGGAAAACCCACCUUUUUCAUUGUUAGGAACACGGUGGAAUGUGAUGGUUUGAUCCAACAAAAGCACACGGAGGGGAAUAGAAGGAAGAACCAACGAAGGCACUUCUGGGGGGAAAAAAAAACCUAUCCGGUUGUUGAGCCACAAAAAUCUGUGGAAGAGCAGUGUUCGGCGGUUCCCAACUACUCAUUUUGUCUUAACUAACUCUUCGACACCAUCUGAAUGCAUUUGGAGACUAUCGCAGAUGUUUCUCAUGGCAAGGUCAUAAACCUCGUCAUUGGAGCUCAGUAGUGUGGUCCAUUGUGAGGUCAAACGGGAAACAUCUACCGGACCAGCUGCUUAGCAACCAAUAGAAGAGGAUGUAUCCAUAGAAACAACCUGGAGAAUGACUCCAUGUCAUCUGUUAACUGAAGAACAAACACGGCGAUCGUAAACAUUGACUCUGAGUGUUACACAACUUUAUGGUUCCCAAUUAGCAGGAGGCACCUUUAUAUUGUAAACGGUGCAGAAGUCCAUAACCCAGGCCCAGUGAUGUGGAGACUGAACUGUGACGUUCUUUCCAGAAAUUAUUUCCAGCACUGCCUCCUCGUAUGAUUGACACCCAUGCUGACCAUCAAGUUGAGGGAAAUUCAACUUGAACCGACACCCAACCAAAUAAAAAGGACACUACUUUACGGGGAACGGGUAAAGGAACUGGACUCAACCCCACAUCACAGACUUGUGACUCAACAUUUUAAACAGUGAAGUAGGACUGCCACACAAAUGUGGACCUCCCAAAAAAUUAUAAAAUAAUUUUCACUUUGAGCCAAGAAGACAACGUCAAUCUCUGCGAUGUCAGAAAACAAGGAGAUCACAAGUCGCCAACUACAGCAUAAGUUGCAAAGCCUGGGGCGGCGGCUGGACGAGCUGGAAGAAGCCACCAAGAAGCUCCAGAAGUCAGAAGAUGAGCUGCUGGACCUGCAGGACAAGAUCAUCCAGGCGGAGGGAAGCAACUCCUCCAUGCUGGGCGAUGUGGAGGCGCUGCGCAAACGCCUGCUAAAGAUAGAAGGCAAAGAUGAGGAGGUGUGCAAGGCAGAGGACCUCUGUCGUACGGUGCGGGAGAAACUGGAGGAGGAAGAGAGCCUGACCAAGGACCUCAAGUCUGAGAUUGAGCGUCUGCAAAGGAGGAUGGCUGAGCUUGAAAAGCUGGAAGAGGCAUUUGGCAAGAGCAAGUCAGACUGCAGCCAACUGAACCUAAGUCUCAAUGAGGAGAAAAACCUGACCCGGAAGCUUUCAUCUGAGCUGGAGGCCUUAAAGGCCCGAGUGAAGGAAGUGGAUGCUUCAGAAAUGAAGCUGGACCGGGCUGAGAAGUUGCUAACAGGAGAGCUUGAGAAGCUCAAGGGCCUCACUCAGACUUUUGUGAAUGAGAGGAAGAGGCUCCUGGAGAAGCAAAGGGAGGAUGAGAAGCUGAUCCUAAAACUGACAGAAAAGUUGGAGCGUCAGAAGAAUAAGAUUGGCCCGGUAGAUUCCAGUCGCACAGACUUGAGGGAUCUCCGCAUCGAAGACGACCCCUCAUCCGGCCUGAGGAGCAAGCUGGGGCGCAAGAAGAGCUUGGACUACCUGAAAGUAGGUGAUGAACUUGGACUAAGGUAUAAGUCAGAGAAUGAGAAGAACAGCCUUGAUGGCCAAGAAGACAACAAAGUCAAGGAACUCACCCAGGAGGUGGAAAGGCUGAAGAACCGGCUGAAGCAACUGGAGCUGGUGGAGGAGGAUCUCAAGAAUACAGAGUCCAAGAACGGAGAGCUGCAGGAAAAGUUCCAUCAGGAGAGAUCCCGUAGCAGAGCACUCAAUGAUCAGGUUGAGCAGCUCAGAAUGCAACUGUGCAGCAGCAGUGGUCACGGCAAUGGAGGGCCUAGCAGUCAAGCAAAGGUCCUUGAGAAUGGGAAGGCAGAGAAUGAAGAGAUAAAUGUCCGUGGUGGGUUUAGGCAGGAAAAACCCAAGUAUAAGACUACCGCCGAGCCAACCACCCCCAAGUACAAGAGCAGAGAGCUGUCCCCGCAGAACAAGAGGGAGACCAGGCUGAGGAGCAAAACCUCAGAUGAAAGCUCUCCAAAGUCAGUCAGGAGGGCAGUCAGUCCCGCACUCAAGAACAGGAGGACACCCAAGACUGGAGCCCUGAUUGCAUCUGACAAUGGAGUGAAAGAAAUGGGUACAGGGCCAGAGGAGAAGGCAACAAGGGGAGCCUCCCAUAGCCCUGUUAGCACAGCUUUGAGUGAAAACAAAAAGAUAUCGGUUCUUAGUCGCUACCCUCCAGCAGCCAAUGACCAGAGGCCAUUAAAGACAUCUCAGAAACCAAGUGAGAAUGAAAGCAAAAAGACAAGAGUUGACGCGUUUUCUAGAUUGUAUGUUGGUAGCGACAGUGAGUCAAACAAUUCUGAUGUGAUGCCUGAAAGCUUGUGCAAGAGCAACAGGGCCUCCCCACCUGAAAAGGAUGUGUCUGCAUCUGACCCAGAGUCUGUUGAUCAGGUGGAAGAGACUCUACCACACCUCUCUAAAGCCAAUGGGUCGUACACUGCCUACAAAACCCAGGUGUCCCCGCAGGUCAGUGAUCACGGUUCCGAGGGUCACUCCUCUGCCUCUGAAACCGAAUCCACCGGAUCGAGGCCCUCAGAACCGGAGCCUGUGCCUGAGGUGGCCACACAGAGCAGCAGAGCCUCCACCCCACCCAAGUACUCCAGAUACUCUCGCAUGAAGGACUCUCAGUGGGAGGGCUCCUCCUGCAGGAGCUCAAUUGAUGAGGAGCAGCACAGGCUGCUGGCUGCAGAAGGCGGAUCCCUGGAGCUUCACAGAGUGUGCAGCCCACGGGAGGCCCGGAUGUCUAAGGCAGUCAUCAAACCAGCCAUUGUGGAGAUCGACAGGAAGGAAGUCAUGAUGUCAGGAGGAGCAGAGCUCCUCACCUCCAAUGGCAAGCCCAAAAUAUCCACCAAACCUGUCAUCACCAGCAAGAUGACCAGCAGCAUCACCAUCUACCCCAACGAUCCCAGCUCUUCUAGGACCAGCAGCCGCAGUAGCAGCGUAUCCAGCGAGCCCCCAAUCAAAGAACGCCACACGUCCACCAGCAACAUUGUCAUUGGCGCCAGUGAACACAGAGGGAGCAUCUCCAUCCCUUACGAGUUUUCUAUUCCCAAGAGCGAGAUCACACUCCGGCCUUUUGCGGAUGGCCCUGUUGACUCUGAUCAAUCGGGGGUCCAGGGUUUGGACCGCGUGGAGGCGCAACUUCGCUCCCAAAACAGCUCCAGCCUCCCGUCACCGUUAACCACCUCUGACUUCAACGACACUGAGUCAGGUUUCGAGAGCAGCAGCAGCAGCACGACCAUCACCAGCUGGAGCAACCAUCCCCAUGGCCACCGACCCUCCCAGGAUGACAGCCUUGCAGAGAUGAGAAACGUGACCGUGCGGAGCACCUGGAGGAACAGGGGGGCGGCAUCGAUGGACGAAACUGGCCGUGGGCUCAGGAUGGACGGGGUAGGCUCUGAAGACGAGGCGGAGUCGGCCACCACAUGGAGGGCGUACCGUGCCACCACCGUACUGGACACGGAGGAGAUGGUGAACGCCACGGGUGCAGCCACGUCACGGUCGGCCAAGCCAUCUCCAGCGGAGAUGUACAUGCGGAGGAUCAACAAUAGCAUGGCGACCGCCAGGGACAUCGCUGAGCCAGUGCAUCAGAGCAAGAGCUCUCUGACGCCCACCGAGGGAGGUCUGCAGAGGUGUAUUCCACACGAGCCAGUCACUUCUCAGGAGCUUGUGCCCUGGCGGACCAAACCCAUGGCUGCUGAUGGCAUCGACCCUGGCCCUGGGUCAUGGAGGACGAAGCCGGCGCCCAGUGACCAGGGUCCCUGUGAGAGGGUGAAAGCUCGGGUCUCCAGGCCUGACCUUGGGGCCACCAGAGGAACGGGGACCAGGACUUCCAGACCAGAGCUGUGGUCCGGCAGGGGUCAAGCUGGCCGGGCAGAAGCCGUGGCCGGGCGUGGCAGUCGACCGUGGAGCAGUCGUCAUACAGACAACUAAACCGGCCAACCAUCUCCGCUUCCUAGUAUCUAGAGACCUCCAACCCCCGUCCCACAGGCAGUGGCAGCCAUCCAAGUCCCCGUGUGGCGUGGACCCGUGCUUACCAGAGUGCCAAAAACAAGAUGUCCGCCCUGUAAAGUCUCCUGCCACACCUACUGACCACUUCAAUUGUAUUAUACCAUGCCCAUAUAAUAUACAGUACGGUUCUGGAGCACACCCCCCCCCCCCCCACACCCCACCCCACCGCCAGCCACCUCUUCCGCUUCGUCUCUACCUGAUGUAUCGUGAUGUAUUCCUUAGACAAGGGAGAGAGGCUAACUCAGGGGACUGGACCUCGAGGUGUGUCUCAGUGGCGGUCGUGUUGAGGGAUUUGGAGUGGACACUUUCUCGACUGCGGUAGCCAACUUGGCACUUAGGAGCUUCCCAGAGAGGCCCCUCAGAGCUGCCUUGAGCGUGUGACCAGGAGCGAAUUUCUAUUUUUAAUUAAAAUGUUCCUUUUAGUCCAUGUGUUUGUGUCAUACUGACAGCCAUUGCGUUUCUUUUUGCAUGGUUUUAUUUUGCACAUCGCACACAUGCCUGUUUACACAGACAUAAUGGCCUUUUUUAGCCUACGUAUAUUCCCAUUGAAUAAAGAAUGUUAUAUUAUGCCUUAAAGAGGACAGUCAGGGUUUGAGGAGGUUUGCAUGUUUCUGUGUGCUGUAUAAGAGGAGCAUUUUGGAGUUGCUUGUCUCCUGUGUCCCAGCAUGCUCUCUGCUUCAAAAUAUACAAAAACUGGUUCUUGGUUCACAAUUAUGUUGUUAUAUGCUUCACACACUAUCCUCUUCAACAUUAGUCCCUACACAUUAAGAAAGAUCAAUUUUGGUUCUCGGUAAUUCGCUCCUGGUUGCUCACCACCAACACACCCAAACUCCCUCCUCUCCUGAACUCUGCAGUUGUUGGAGUCAAAUGGUCUGUUGGGAGAAACAGGUCUGUGCUCAAUGAUAGAAUGUUUUAGCCAGGGAGACAUGCCUUUUUUUUUUGUCAUCUGGAACAGGCUUUCUGUCCCAGGGUGCCUGUGUUCCUGGACCGGAGACUGAACUGUGACUAAAACUGGAACUGCUUUUCUGGAUCUGUAAUUCAGUUCUGCAGUAUGGCCAAUCAGACACAGGAACAAGUUGGGCGGCAGCUAGCCUAUUGGUUGGAGUAUUGAGCCAGAAUCCAAAAGGUAGCCGGUUCGAAUCCUGAAACUGACAAGGAGGCACUUAACCCCAAUCACUCAUGUAAACGGCUCUGGAUUACAGCGUCUGUUGAAUGACAAACAUUUAAACAUUGGGCUUGCAUUGUCCAGGCGCCACAACAGUCAGCCGACACACCUGACUGGGUUCGCCGUGCGAAUCGUCUCAAAUUCCACCGACUUAUGGUUUUCUAUAGAAGUGUGAUUUUGUUGUGAUUUUGAAACUGGACUUUUCAUUGUUGGAUAAGGGGGGGUUCUGUCACUCGAGCCAGAAAUGCAUGGAGUUGCCAUAGUAAAGCAAACUCUCUGUCAGGUGGAUCGACAUCAUCUCAUAGGGAGGUUCUAUUAACUCCUACCAUACACAACAGUACUCAUUCAAGCAAUAAUCUGUGAUCUCUGGGCUCCAGACUCUAGUAGGAAAGGCUCCAUAUUGCUUCAGGAAUGGCAGCUAAACCUGAGAAUGGCCUUUGUUUGUUGGCUUGGCUGUCUUUAUAAAGCAAAAGGGCAAAAUCAUCUUCCCCUCGGAUCCUAUUGGAGACUCACUGUGUAAUUUCUCCGUGCCGUGACUAGGGAGUUAGGUACUGAAUGGGGUAGCUCCUGGUGGCGAUGGGGUUCGUAUCACUUCGCCACCGGCUUGUCCACUGGCUAGCUCUCUUGGAGGUGUCGCCAGUCAGAUCGGCUAUUUUUAAACAAAGACAUAGGAGGAAUUUAGACUUGAUUGUGGUCUGUCAGUGUCAUCUAGCCUUACCGGUGUCAUACCAGCCAGCCCACUGUUUAGCUCUCAUAUUUAUUAGUUAUUUACUACAAAAUGUGUAUACCUAUAUUUAAUAUUUUGCUGUUUGGUUGUGAGGACCUAGCAUUCUCUGUCCUUGAUUAUGGGAAAUGGAAGAAGUCAUCACACACAGAGAACACCCAAUGAAUCAUCUCUUAACCUCGAAAUCACCCCCAUGUGUUCUUUAAUCCGUUCAGAAAUGGUAGGUGCAAGCCUCCUGCCAGUUCCGCAAGACUAUCUACAUUCUGAGUAGUUACUCGCUGGCUUUCUUUCUAAAAGAAGUAUUUCCACUUCCUGUCAGUAACGACUGCUCCUUACCUAAACAUACUGGUGCCUUGAGAGAGUGGGAUAUAUUGACAAUAGUACAUUAUAUUGGUUUGUCUGCUGGUUAUUGUGAGUAAAUAUAUAUGUUAUUUUUACAUUUUUAAAGUAUUUUCUGUAGAAGACUUGUGGGCUUCAAUUGAAGAAAAGUGCAAGACCCUGGAAAAAUAUUUUGAAUUGAAUAGUUUUUUGGUUUGGUUUUAGAAAAGAAAAUCUUUAAAGGACCCAAUACAGAAUGUUUACUGCCCAACAUGAUCUGCCCUUUCAAAUUUGCCUGUCAGAAGUAUUCUGGUCUGGAAUCAUAAAGCAUUAGUGGUGCCCCUCACAUGGUAUGUGUUUAGUCCAAGCACGCACACACACAAUGCUUGAUGCUAUUCAGAAUGCCGGCUCUGAUGUGCCAAGGGACACGUGAUGACUUGGCCUCUUCAGAAGGCCUCUGUUGUCGACCAGUGCUACUCUGUAACCAGGAUGGCAACUGCCACCCAGCCGCUCGUUCCAAAUUCAUGUUUCCGACCUCAUCGCAUCUUUCCUGCGUUAUUUCUCAGAACGUCAGAGUGGUCCCUUUGUCCCCCCCUCUCCUUUAAGAAUGCCUUGAUUCUUAAGCACCGUGAUUCUUAAGCACCGUGAUUCUUAAGCACAGUGAUAUGCAUUGCUAGUUCCCAAGAGCAGUUUUACAGGCUGCCAAUGUUUGCCGGCAAACGCUGAUUUACCACCCCUUGGAUAGCUGAAAUGUCAAAUGUCAAGGCUGGAGCUAAUCGUGUCUUUCCCUCAGACUUUGGGGGGGCAUAAAUAUUCUGGCGAUUUGGGCGGCAGCCGGCACUAUCCCCAAAACGGAGGCCGUAAAACAGUGUCUGGUUGAACUAGGCCGCCUCAACGUGUGUGCCAAAAUCCACGCACUAGUGGUGGUCAUCCAGGGGCAAUGAUGUUUGACGCUUUCAUAAAAGCAUCUGAGCAGACACUCGUUGUGGUAGUCGGUUGUCAGCUGGUAAAGUUACAGCCCCGUCAAUGUUCGGAGUUUAAAGGUCGAAGUUAAGCCAGGCUCCGUUCUGCCCACAGACCAUCACCAUAUAUCAUUGAACACUAGAGGCCUAGCCAGAACCCCCCCCCCUCCCCCCCCGGGGGGUCCCGGGGUGACAGCAACUGUCGGAAGCCAUAGCUCCGAGGGUCGUCGUGGAGACAGGCUUCAAAGAAAGGGGCUUUUUAAAGGGGAACUCCAUCCCCCACAAAUCUUCUUCUUACCCACAGGGCUCCUAUGUACACUAACACUGUAAUGUGAUGUCACCCGUAUGGUCUUCGGUUCUUGGCCCGGCCCAUUUGUCCAGGGGUCCGCCGGAAGGAAUUCACCUGAUUUGCCGUGUGACACAGGGAUACGCCUUUUGCACCCCCUGUUGUCGGGUUUUCACAUAUUCAACCCCCUAACCCCCAGUUGAAGGAGUUUAGAGGGUUAAAGAGCCAAUAGAAUGUCCCUCUUUGGUAUAAUGGGUUUCACAGAUCAUUACAUUAAGGAAAGGAUGGCUACUAUAUGGAGAUUCAGAUUAGGCAUGAUAGAUACAGCUGAAGGUUGGAGAGAGACAAGUUCAUCGGUGGAAGAAGCUCUGCCAUUAUAAGAUCAGGUCUAAACAAUUAUCGCAUACAUUGGGGUGUAUUAACAUCCAGUGUUUGCGAGGCGUUGUUGUUUUUCCGCCCUCACAAAGAAGCAGAGGGAGUACAGCAGAGCCAGAAAGAGGACCGGAGUGGUGUCACUUUGUAAGGCGAGUGUUCAUGGUGUCACUGGACGUCAGAAACUGCAAUCUGCACUUAACCAGCACUUAAGGCCCAACAUAUGUAAACCCCCUUCUUGUCAAUAGUUGCUUUUGCGUUUGUCAGUGAUUAUUUUUCUUCCCUGAAUGGAUGGUAAUCAAAGGUGUGUGUGUGUCUGUCUGUGUUUGUGUGUGUAAAAAUUUUUUUUUUGUGGCCUGUCACGUUUCUUGUACAGAUUAUCAUAGUGAUUUGCUUUCCUAUAAUUGUGUUCUAUAAUUUUGUGAGGCUUGGCACUCGAUCAUAUCUGUGUCUCUCCAUUCUAUCAUUGUGCCAAAUCAUUCCACAGUAUUUCCAGUUUACAGCCAUUAGACCGUUAGACAGCACAAGUGUUUACCAGGAUGGAGAACUGUCUCUUUAAGUAUGAGUACUGAAAUAUAGGGAACAUUUCAAUUUGAGGGUUUUUUUUUUUUUGUUAGUUUUGUAAUACUAAAUAUCUUAUUUUGGAUAGAUAUUAUUUAAGAGAAUCGUGUAAUUUUGUAAAGUGGGCCUUAUUGAAAUAUUUAGUGUUUGUCCUCUGAGUUUUUUUGGCCGAAUAUGCAUCUUUCUCAUUAAUGCACUCCUGGAGAGUACUGUUUUGUUGUUUUAAUGCGAGGGAUGUCUCAGAGACCUUGAGCUAUGACGUGAGAUGGCGUGCUUACGGAUACAUGACAGGUAGCCAGCCUUGGGUCCUAGUUUAGAAAUGAUCUGAGUGGUGUCGCCAUCUUAAGUCAGUCGCCAUGUGGCUUCAUUUUGUAUUAGCCGGGCGGGAAUCCUUUUUUUUUGGGUCCUCUUCAACUCCGUAGUCCCUCGCGUAAAUUCAGGGUUUGUUCAUCUUGAAUGCUGUAUGCAAGUGCUGCCAAAGACAGAUACUAUGGUGUUGACCGGCACGCUUACACACGAACAUUAACAAACACACAUACUUUAUAAACACACACCUACUCAUACCUUGAUGUACAGACACACGUAGAGGAGUUACUGACUGUACAAUCAGCCAAGGGAGUUGGAAGUCAAGUUGUUUUAUAUUGUGGUGUGUUCAGACCUGCAUAGAAAUGUCUGCUCAACAGGGUAGGCGGAGCUGACAGUUGUAACAGAGAGAAAUGUGUAAGUUAUGAAAUCAAAAGGGUUAUUACGGGCUGUUCCCAGCUUCCCUCUGUGUCAGUGACACACUGCUAAUUGUGCAGGAUGCUUUUUCUGUCCUAGUCGCAUCCAUUCGUGCAUGUUUAACCUUACUGCGCUCUUCAUGUAGGUCUCUUGGAGCUGCCAACUGUACAGCGGACUAUGUAUUCCAAUAAAAUGAAAAAGCUACUUGUUUGUAACAGUGUUUUUUUUUUUUACUAAACUUUUUUUCACGGUUUUCCUGUUUCUUUGUCUUCUUUCCUAACAGCGGCACACCUCUGCGUGUGUGCACGGUGAUAUGAAAGCAACACUUCCAUUGCUUUUGUAUCACCUUGCAAUUGACGCUUGGCUAGAAAGGCUUUUGACGCCGUACAAGAUAAGCAAAAUAGCAGACAAAUUGGCCAGUUGCGUCAGGCAAGUGGCGGAAACCGCAGGGCCCUGCGGAAUUCCCCGUCAGCACACCUUUCUCUUAAACUGCACAGCCAGGCAGCGAGGAGCGCUCCGGGAAUGUUCCCCCGACGGUAUUAACAGACGGCGAGUCUGCUCACUGGGUUAUUGAGUUCUUCGGGCACUUGGGUUUUUAACAGACGUUCAGACCGAUGACUUGGCCUGGAUCACACUCAAAUGACUGCAUUUUACACUGGUCAUGAUUGAAUACAUUAUCUUCGGGUUUGUCCGAAUGGUUGUGGACAGAGGCGUUGCUAUGGUCACAAUACAUUCGGGCCUUAGCCCCCCCCCCCCCCCGG